AUGUGGAUGUACACUGCCAUAGUGAGACCAAUGUUGGCCUACGGAACUGUCGUCUGGUGGCCAAACACCCAACAGACAGCAGCUAAACAGAAGCUCAGCCAGGUGCAAAGAAUAGCUUGCCUGAGCGUUACAGGAGCUAUGCAAACAGCUCCAACGUUAACAAUGGAAGUGAUGCUAUGUCUGCCGCCCUUAGAUAUUUAUCUAAAGGAGGUGGCUCUGACAACUAUGCUUUGCUUCAAGAACGUUGAUGUUAAACCAAAUUGGGAUACGGACAUACGUGCCACUGUGAUACAAGCGGAACUGGCAGGUAUAACCGUAGCUGCUAAAGAAAUUUCCCGUAGGCAGAUAACGGGCAAAAGUAUCAGAAUCUACACAGAUAGUAGACAAUCAGUACUGAUCUUGCAUAAUCGGAAGAUAAUGUCCAGAUCGGUAUGGGAAUGCCAGCGAGCGCUGGUGGUGGCCUCAGCUACCAACAGUAUAUCUGUAUGCUGGGUUAAGAGACACGACCGGUGCAAUGGCAAUAAAGAAGCUGACAAGCUAGCUAGGAGGGCAUCGGGUCACUGUUCAUAUAGUGGAAACAACAUCGCCACGACGACGAUGAGGCUGCGAAGUGCCUCUCGUAAGAAUGAUUGCUCGAAUAAUAAGGAACCAGGUGUCGGUAUAUCUAAAUUAGGUUUUUCUGACAAUGCAAACAGAAUGUGUCGCGUUAAAAAUAGAACGACUGGUUCUAAUAAACAAACCGCCUCUACUUUAGAUAGCUCUCAAAGGCUUAAAGAUAACACUUCUGAUGCAUUGUCAGAAGAAAUAAACUUAGUAACACACACUCACCAACACAACAUUAAUCCUGAUGCACACGAUGCUGUUCCGUUACAAGUACGACAUCGCGAACUAACUUUACGAGGUAAAUUGAAAAAUAAGCUUCGACAGGCACAACCAAAAAAAGUUGCGAAUCUUACACCGUCAACUCUCUAUGUCCAAUUAACACGAGUGGUUGAUGGUGUACAAACAUCUGUCGAUGAAUCUCCGCUACGCGAGGCGACGCUUUCGCCUACCACUCCCCCGCCUUUCGUCCAAAUUCCGAACGAGGAUUUGCAUAUGCAUGAAAGCGACGCUAUCGUCGCUCGCGAGUCCACACGCGACAACGAAAAUGUCGUACCUGUAGCCGUGCAGCCGCCCAGACGGAAGCACGCGGCGAUCCCGAAAAAGGUUACCUGGCGGUUAGCUCGUGUUGCUACGGCGGCAGUUUUGGAACAACAAUGCGCCACGGUAUACCACUGUGGUGAUUUCGAUGAACGCUGCGUUCAUUGCGGUGCAAAGUUUUUCCAAGGCGAGUCGCGCAAUAGACAGGGUAUCCGCUUGGGAUGUUGUAAGAACGGAUCGUACGCGGCGCCUCCUCUGGGCGAGUGUCCCCCCUCGCUUAAAAAUCUUUAUACGGGAAACGAUCAUAGAUCCGUCGAGUUCAGAAACCGUAUACGAUUAAUUAACAGUCUGUUUGCCAUGGCAACAUUCAAAACCUCUCAACCUAUUAUCGUAAACGAGGGUCAGGGUCCGUGGUGUUUUUUCGUGCGCGGUGAAAUUUAUCAUUUUACGGAAGGGGUUCCAGACGCUGGAAACCUCGGCAGUCCGAGACUGCAACAUUAUUACUUUUUGGACCCGGAUGUCGCUCUGGAACAUCGACUCGCUUUCGUUCGGGGCCGCGUACAUCGCGAUACUUUGGGAUUAAUCGAAAUUACGUUACGUAACGUAAAUAGGUAUGUUAAGGGGUAUAACGUUAUGGGCACAGUAUUGAGAGAGAGACUUCGUUCGGGUCGGGACGUAGAUGACGUUAUAAUUGGCCUCGUGAAUAAUUAUUCUAAUAUCAAUAUUUUGUGCCGAGAUCACAAUUUACCCGAUAGUCCAAGCGACACGGCGGCUCUUUUCGACGGAAUAGAGCCGCCGUUUCGUGUCGAUUUACGACUUUAUUCGCGAUCGGAUCCGAGGAACAACGGCCAUCACGAAUUGAAGAAUCUCAACUCGUUGGCUGAUCCCAUGGUGUACCCCUUACUUUUUCCUAGAGGCGACGACGGGUAUAGCGUAAAUUUGGAUUAUCAUAACCGUCCCGCAAAGACCGUUACUUUUAGAGAAUUCUAUCGGUAUAGAAUUCAAGUGCGUGACGGGUUUUCGGUAUUGCAUUACGGGGGUAAAUUGUUUCAGCAGUACCUUGUCGACGCGUGGAUUAAGGUAGAGGCGAAUAUGUUGUGGUGGCUAAAACAGCAUCAAAUUAAACUUCGGCGCAUUGAACAACAAGCGCUGCGACGUUAUAAUCGGAUCAAUGCUAGGGGGGACACUCCAGUACAAAACGUUGAUCGUGUUUGCGCGCUACCAGCAAGCUUUUACGGCAGUGACCGCCAUAGACAAAGGCAAUACCUGAACGCUAUGACGGUGGUAGCGCGCCACGGUAAACCAGACCUUUUUAUAACAUUUACUUGUAACCCCAGAUGGGUAGAAAUCUCUUCAAACCUAGAGCAUAAUCAAAAGUGGGAGAAUAGGCCGGACCUGGUUUGUCGGGUCUUCCACGUUAAAUUCUUGGAAUUCAUGGAUGAUAUAAUUCAUAAACAGCUCUACGGGGUUAUUCUGAAUUAUCAUUAUGUCAUAGAAUUCCAAAAAAGGGGUCUUCCCCAUGCACAUAUAAUCGUUACUUUUAUAGACGACGACAAACUUGAGGAUUCGGAGUCCGUAGACAGUGUAAUAUCCGCGGUGAUACCCGACAGAGUCGCACAACCUCUGUUGUAUCAACGUGUCGGGGAAUAUCAAAUACACACCCCCUGCGGUCCUACGAAUCCUCGAGCGCCGUGUAUGCGGAACAACAAGUGCAGCAAAUUCUACCCCAUAGAUUAUGCCGAGAUUACUCGAUUAGGAGCCGGCGGUAAUAACCGCCCUGUUUAUAAAAGACCGCGCGAUGGAAGAACAAUUUUAGUUCCCAAUACCCGUCUGGAGGUUACAAACCAACAUAUAGUGCCUUACAAUAGCUUCGCACUGGCCAAGUACGCUUGUCAUAUAAACUUUGAGGCCGUGGGAUCGCUUUUGUCAAUAAAAUAUCUCUUCAAAUAUGUUUCCAAAGGAGCCGAAUCUAUCACACCCCGACAUGAUACCAACGACUCACUUUCCCACUCAACUCAAAUUGAUGAGAUCAAGAAAUACCUUGAUUGUCGUUGCGUCAGCUCCAUGGAAGCCACCUGGCGACUCAUGGAGUUUAAGAUGAGCGACAGAUCUCACGGUGUCUUGGUUCUGCCUGUUCAUUUACCGGGGGAGAAUAUCUUCCUUUAUGACGGGCUGGAUGAAGACACCGAACACGCGGAACACCUUUUGCGUGUACCUUCGAAACUGGAAGCAUGGUUCGCUUUGAAUCAAUGCUCUGCGGAAGCUCGGAGGUACAAAUAUGUUGAGAUACCGGAAUAUUAUACUUGGGAUGGGAAAGUGGGUCGUUGGACCAUUAGAAAACAAGUACCAAAAUUGAUCGGUUGUAUCGCGAAGGUGGGUCGCUCCGCGGAUCAAUCCGAGAAACACUUUUUACGCACUUUACUUGCACAUGUACGGGGCGCAACAUCUUUUCAGGACUUGCGAACCGUAGAGGGGCAAGUAUUUGAUACUUUCAAAGAUGCGUGCACACGGCGCAAUUAUUUACACCAUUCAAAUGAGUACGAACUUUGCCUCGGCGAGGCUAUUGUAAGGUGUCGUUCUAAGAAAUUACGCGAACUAUUUUCCUUAAUAUGUUGCGCGGCCGUCGACGAAGAUAAAAUAGACACAAUUCCCGUAUUGUGGCAACGGUAUAGUUAUUGUAUGUUGGAAGAUUUUGUUCGUGGCGGUAUGGCAGUGAGGCCAUCCCUUCUCGCGGCUGCGGAACAUGUUGAAAGAAUAGUUUCGCGUAAUAACAUAGUUAGUUUGGCUACGUUGGGGAUUUCUAUCGCCGACGUAGUCGAAGAUGUCGAGCAAUUCAACGACGGUGACACUGAGAACGGCGACAAUAAUAGACCCACCGACGAUGACGACGAUCGUUACCGUAAACUAAAUUUUGUCGAAUACAAUCCCGUUCUUUUUAACGUCGAGCAGAAAAAGAUUUUUGUACACGUCCUUCGAGCCAUUUCGCUACGAACCGGUAUUGCCCUACCCGAUGCGCUGCUACCGUUUCUAGAUGAUGUCGACUCAUUUACAGACAAUGUAGCAAUAGAUCAACGCCAAUCCUUAUUUUACGUAGGCGGACCCGCAGGCUCCGGAAAGACGUAUCUUUACAAUACGUUGUUAACGGUAGUACGCCAAAUUUUUCGUAGAAAUACAACCGCGGUAGCUUGGACCCAUAUCGCCGCCAAUUUACUAAUCGACGGACAAACAGUCCGGAAAGCGUUUCAGUUACCCGUUACUUUAGACGACAAGUCUGUAGCGGGGUGGCCGCUGCAAGACCAAAAUUCCAAGUGUCUUAAAGAUGUAGCUCUGAUUAUUUGGGACGAGGCCCAAAUGGCGCCUAAAUUGGCCAUAAACGCGGUCGAUAGAUACCUGCGGCGUAUUCAUAACACCCCAACGACGCCAAUGGGUGGUAAAAUUGUCAUCUUUGGCGGCGACUUUAAACAGUCGUUGCCUGACACUGUAUUCGCGUUCGCGAACAAAUCCGAUGUUAUAGAGAACACGUUAAUGUUCAGUCCGUUGUGGCCAGAAACGACUAAAUUUCAGUUAACGGGAAACGUGAGGGCAGGAGUGGUACAAUUACCGGAUCCGCUCCUAGCCGACGACUCUUUCGCGAAUUGGCUACUCCGAUUAGGAGAAGGUCGCCUACCUCAUGUAUCGCUGACGGCCGAAAUCGCGGCUCCUUCCGAUUUAAUUGAAAUUCCGACAAUUAUACGCGUCCCGUCCCGCGAGGACCUAAUAGCCUUCGUCUACGGGGACGAUUUUACCUCUAUAGACGUCGGUUUUAAGGCUAUCCUUUGUUCAACGAACUCCGCCGCGGCUAAGGUCAAUUCGGAAAUAUUAAGUAGAUUACCGGGUGAAAAUAAAAUUUACGUAAGCGUGGACGACUAUAAAAAUCAUCCUCGUGAUGACUUUUAUGUGACUGACGACCUCUUAAAUUCUAUAAAUUCGCCGUCACUACCGCCGCACGAGCUACAUGUAAAGGUCGGAGCGGUCGUGAUUUUGUUGAGAGACGUAUACGUAGACGGGAAGCAAUGCAACGGGGCUCGACUGCGGGUCACUGGUCUAUACGAUCACGUCAUCGAAUGCCAAUUGCUCACUGGCGAUAGGGCGGGCGCAACACUGUGGUUGCCCAAAAUCAAAAUGACCGCCACGGAUACUUCCUUACCGUCGGAAGUGAUCCGUAUUCAGUUUCCCGUGAAACUGGCCUUUGCUAUCACUAUCGACAUGUCGCAAGGGCAAUCAAUGACGAAGGUUGGCGUUUAUCUGAAUCGCCCGUGUACCGCACACGGACAAUUGUACGUCGCCUUUAGCCGAGUCAGCCGGGUAAACCAGCUGAGAGUAUUUGUAGAGAACGGUAAUUGUCAGGGGACUUUUAAAUUUCGGGAACGAAAGGUAUUUACUAGGAACGUUGUGUUCCCUGAGGUAAUGUCUUUCGACGAAACGGGCACGCCGUGUCGCAAUGUACGCGUAGAUCACGACAGUUUCGACGCCGCAGAUUACGUCGAAACCGUUUUCGAGGAAACGGGCGAUAAUGACAAUAACUCGGACCAUAACAAUAAUGACGACACUGACUGA